AUGGCUAAGCAAGUUGCUGGUCUUCGAUCCCUUCUUCUUCUUCUUCUCAUCAUAUGCUUUCCAUCAUCACAAGCAGCUUACAACGUGGUUAGCUUCGGCGCCAAACCGGACGGGCAAACCGAUGCGACGCAGGCAUUCCUAAACGCAUGGGCUUCGGCAUGCAACUCGGCCAAGCCCGUCACCAUAUACGUUCCUAAUGGGAGGUAUUUGCUGAAACCUGCAGUCUUUGGAGGCCCAUGCAAGAGCAGAAUCACCAUAUUGAUGAUGUCUGGAACUACUCUUGUUGCUCCUUCCGAUUAUCGUGUUAUCGGCAAUUCCGGCAACUGGCUUUUGUUCAAUAAGGUUGUUGAUUUAAUUAUCUAUGGUGGCACCAUCGAUGCUCAAGGGCAUAGCUACUGGGCUUGCAAGAGGACUGCCGGAAAUAGUUGUCCUGGCGGAGCACGGUCUAUGACAUUCAAUUAUGGAAGAAACAUAGUGAUCAAAGGGUUAACAUCAAUCAAUAGCCAGGUGUCACACAUAGUAUUUGAUGGAUGCACCAAUGCGCUGGUGCAGGGAGUUAAGAUCAUUGCUCCAGCAAAGAGUCCCAACACUGACGGCAUACAUGUGCAGUACUCAACGGGUAUAACCAUUGUGGGGUCCACCAUAAGGACCGGUGAUGAUUGUAUCUCCAUCGGUCCUGGCUCCACAAACCUAUGGAUCGAUCGCCUAAAAUGUGGACCCGGCCAUGGAGUCAGCAUUGGGAGUCUGGGUAAGGAUAUGUAUGAACAAGGAGUACAGAACGUAACGGUAAUGAAUUCCGUUUUUAGAAACACGGAGAACGGAGUACGGAUAAAAUCAUGGGCUAAAGCGAGCUACGGGUUCGUGAGAGGUGUGAUGUACAGUAACAUUAUCAUGAGGAACGUUCAAAAUCCAAUCAUAAUUGAUCAGAAGUAUUGCCCGGACUAUUAUGGUUGCCCUAACCAGAAUUCAGGGGUGAAGGUGAGUCAAGUGAUAUAUAAAGAUAUUAGGGGAUCAUCAGCAACACAAGUGGCUAUCAAAUUUGAGUGUAGCUCUACAAACCCAUGUAGUGGGAUCAAAUUGCAAGGAGUUAGGCUUACAUAUCUGAAUAGACCAGCACAGACAUCUUGUAACAAUGCUGGUGGAACUGCUACCGGAUCUACUAUGUCAGGAAGGUGUUUGUAAAACCAUAUUC